CUCCGGAGAUGCUGCUGCUGCUCCUUCCUCCACUACUUCUCUGGCUGCUCCUAGUGGUCCCGUUCACUGGACCCCUCGGCUUCUGGAAGAACCUGGGCAUUCAAGGGCCUGUGGGAUGGCCCUUCUUUGGCAAUAUGAUGCAGUUCGCCCUGGGAAAGAAGUCGUACGGGGAGGUCUACGAGGGCAUCUACAAGGAGUAUCCCCAUCUGAAAUAUGUGGGCUUCUACCGACUUUUCAACGAGCCCGCUCUCCUCAUUCGCGAUCAGGACCUCAUACGCCAGAUUUUAGUGGGAAAUCACUUCGCCAACUGCUCCGAUAACGCCGUCUAUGUCGAUCCCAGCCGGGAUACCCUGGCCAGCUGCAAUCCCUUCAUUGCCUGCGGGGACAAGUGGCGCUUGUACCGCUCGGAUCUAGUGCCGCUCUUCACUCCCAGUCGUCUACGACAGAUCGUGGUGGCAGUAAAUGAUUCCUGCCAGAAGUUGCGCCUUUUUCUUCAGAAUCGGUCGCAGUUCGAAGCCAAGGAGUUGGCGACCCGCUACACCCUCCAGGUGGUGGCGUCGGGCGUUUUCGGCCUGGAUUCCAAGUGUUUGGAAAGCGGAGAGGCUUCGGCCAGGAAUCCCUGGCUGCACUGGCUGCUACCACUUUUUCAGCCAAGUUCCUGGAGUCUGGUGGAAACUAUGGCACUACUACAUUCCCCACUACUUGGAAAGGUUCUGAACUAUCGGUAUGUCCCCUUGAGCCUGCAGAACUGGCUACAGGACUUGGUGCUGGCCAGCAGCGACGGCGCAAGCCUACUCCAUUGGCUCAAAGAGGGAAAAAGGACAUUGCCUCAAAGCGAACUGACCGGGCAUGCCACCACCUUGCUGCUGGAGGGAUACGAGACCUCAGCUAUGCUUUUAGCCUUUGCCCUGUACGAGUUGGCCUGCCACGAGGAUAUUCAGGAUGACUUGCUGCGCGAGUUGGACGAAAGCGGAGGGGCGGGGCUGAUGGGUGAACUUCGAUACACGGAGGCCGUACUUUUGGAAACACUGCGCCUCCAUCCGGCCAUGCAGGCUCUACAGAAGCGGUGCACCAAGUCCUUUGAGCUGCCGGCUCAGAUGAAGGACCAAGGGCAUUGCCGCCCAUUGGAGGUUAGAGAGGGAACUGUGCUGAUUAUACCCGUUCGGGCCAUACACUUCGAUCCGGAGUUGUAUCCUGCCCCCCACCAGUUUCAGCCCCAACGCUUUCUGGCCCAGUCCGCCCAAUCGAUGGGAUGCAGGUUCCUGGGCUUCGGAGCCGGUUCCCGGAUGUGCCCUGGCAUGCGAUUGGGCCUGCUGCAGACCAAGGCCGCCGUCGCCACUUUGCUGAAGGAUCAGCGCGUUAUCCUGGCGGAUGAGACUCAAAGGAAACUGGAAAUAUCCCCACUGACGUUCCUCACUUCCGCGAAAAAGGGAGUCUGGCUGCGUUUGGUGAACAGAACGGGAAAGUGCUAACCAACGGGAGAGUCCCUAAUGUCUGGCCUGGCAGAUUCUGAUACGAGCUAUGACGGAAAUUAUGGGCUUCUAAUUAUAUUACUGCUUUUUGCCUAUGCAAAUUCCCCACCAAGGACAUCCUCCCCGCUACCCGCCACCCGCCACCCGCUCCCCGACUGGCUCACCAAUUUAAUAUGGGAUGUUGGGCGGCAAACGGGGCGAAAAGUUUAAAAAUUUAAUCAAAUUUAUUGUCACACAACCACGUGCCAGCAAGUCUAGUAGAGUAUGUGGAAAUGACAUCCGCACAUCCGCAUCCACAUCCUCCUCCGCAUCCGCACAUCCGCAUUCCUGGUGGCAGGAUAACGGCCUUUAACGAGCGCUUAAAUGCUUGUCCCGUGCAUAAUUUACGGCUCUUGAAUUGACCUUUUUUGCGGAAGACCAUGGAAGGCCAUGGGCCAAAUAAUGGGUCAGACCUUCCACACUGAAACAAAACUUUCUAUUUUAGAUGUACAUUUUUUAAUAAAUAUUCCCUAUUAUUAAAUUCUACCAA